UUAACCUUUCUUAAACAACAGGUUCUCUAAUUGGAUUUAUUUUCUCACCCUGCACACACUUACUAUCACUGAUAACCAGGCAUCAAUACUGAGAAGCUCGCCACACCCCCUUUCGAGGAACGCCAUUUUGUUGACACACAGACUUGCAAUCAAAAUAAGCUCCUUUAAGGAAGCUUUAAACCCAAACAUGACCAUGACAUGUACUAUGUGUAAAGAAUACAUGCGUACACUCUAUAUAACAGCAUCUUCACUUUAAAACAGCGCUGUUUGAAGCACAAAGCGGUGUGUUUGAAGUGUCCACCCAUUUCAACAUGAAACUCGCCUCAUUGACGUCACGGAGCCAUCUUUGUCCACCUAAUCCAGGCGGCUGUUUAUUACACCUUCAUUACUGCACGGACUCUGACAGCGCCGGGCUCUUGUAAUAGCCUGCAGGUGCCACAUCGCCGUAGAAAUAGAGAGAAGGAAAAGGUUUUUUUGUUGCAUGCUUAUAGCGGCAGAUACGAGUCUAAAAAAAAAAAUCCGCCUGGGCUGCUGAGGCAGGGAAACGCCACAAUAACCAACCAAAGGGUGCCAGAGGGUAGUGAGGAGCGCAGAAGGCAAUCCACAUCCAUCUGCCAGCCACUUAGCACGCGCUAACAUUUCCAGUCCGGAUUUCAGCACAGCUGUCUAGCCAAUACAACCAGGAAAAUGUCUGCCCCAGCUGGAGCCCCUGCAGAUGGAGCGAAUCAACCACCCAACCUCACCAGCAACCGUCGUCUGCAGCAGACACAAGCACAAGUGGAUGAGGUGGUGGAUAUCAUGCGUGUGAACGUGGAUAAGGUUCUGGAGCGUGAUCAGAAGUUGUCAGAACUGGACGACAGGGCUGAUGCCCUGCAGGCUGGAGCCUCUCAGUUUGAGACCAGCGCUGCAAAACUGAAGAAUAAAUACUGGUGGAAGAACGCCAAGAUGAUGAUUAUCCUGGGUGUGAUAUGCGUGAUUGUCCUCAUCGUCAUUAUUGUGUACUUCAGCACCUAAGAAGAGUCGCUCCUACCCCAGUCUAAUCCCAACUUCCUUGCUACAGAAAAACCCUCACAUUGAUGACAAAAUUUACCAUGAGAAAGUAAUUAUUACAUAUAACUCCCCAGAUUAGCCUCGAUAUAACACCUCUAAACCCUUCAGGGCCCCAUGACUCCCCCACUUCCACCACCUGGCCUCUGGACCCCCUGUCGAUAUUUGUCCUGUGAGUGUGCGGCCCCGUUUCCUUUCUGGGUCCUCUUGGCUUUUCUAACCUGCCAUAACGAGAACCAAACACUUGUGACGACGCAACAGAAAAGGAAACAACGAUUGGCGAUAAUUGUUACAUAACUGAUAUAUAUAGUUCUUUGUAGAGUUUUAUUCUGAUAUAUAUAUAUACUGUUUUGUAGGUGUGUGUGCGUGUGUGUGUGCAUUUUGUAUUUUUUAAUUUUUGUAUUAAUUUUAAGUAUGCUUCAGCGUAAAAUACUGCCUAUUAAUCAAAGUGUGUAUCUUGCAUGUUAUCAUCAUCUGUCUGUUUCCCUGCUUACUCUCUCUUUUUGGUGUAUUUUUGCACAGUGGUUGGAGUUUGACUCCACUUAACUAGGGAAAUACCCAAUUAUUAUCGGGUCCAUCUAUGUAAUUUCUGACAGUCCAAAAUAAACCUGAGAACUAAAACUUGGACUUUAAAAAAAAUCUCAUCAAGUUACAAAAAUAUAAGCUUUGAUAUCAACAAAACUGCCCAUAAUAUUAUUCUUACUUAGAUUUCUGUAACUUGAUGAGGUAAAAGUCCAAGUUUUGGCUUCUUGUUGGCUUCCUGAGAGAGUUAGAUAUUGAUCAAACAUAAAAGUAAUGCAUGAAUCGUUUAACUAACCCCUAAAAUUCAUCAUUCAGAGACCUUUUCAUCUGACCCCUCAUCAUCUAAAUGUCAUUUCUCUUUCUUCAUCUCUCUCUUUGUCUUCUAACUUGUGUCUUUAACUUUCAAACCCUCUUCUAUAUCCCAGCAUGCUUGAACACCUCAAUUUCUUCGGAUAAUUUCAAUACUGCCAUAGUACAGUUGGACCAAUGUCUGUAGAUGUUUCUUUUUAUUUCUAUAUUACGUAGUGUCUUAUUUCGAAAACAUUCCUUCAUUGCAGUCUAGUGCAAAUGGUCUUACCGUAGCACAUGUAAGUGUAAGUAUCUUUAAAAAGAAAAAUAUACAUACGAUGAAAUUUGUGUCAAAAAUGUCGGUCAUACAAACCAUAGGAGAAAAUAGUUCUAGUUAUUAGCUGUAAGGGUAAGUUUUGGACAGACAGAAUUAAACUCAGUCUGUCCAAGUUAUUUUAUUUUGUAAUAUUACUGAUGUUAUCCUAUACUUACAGUGUACUGUGGAGAUGUCAUUGGCGUAUAACUGGGGAUACAGGCUUGUUAAACACAAGUUCAAUGGGGCCGAUACUUCUGUUGAUAAUUAAUUAACUCUCAUUGGCCCAUGACCUAUAUGGACACUGAAAAGCCUUAGUCUCCAGUCACUUCUAUUAGUUACUGUGGAACAUUUCCUGUCAGAAACUCCCUCACACUUCAACCUUGUGUCAGGGAGUGGCUGACUGCUGGGAGAAAAAAAAGGAAUCUGUUUGAAAUGCACAAACCAACCUUGUUUUUGAUGGCGCUGUCUGGCUGGUCAAUGGCCUGACUAAAGGAGAUCCUCAAGCAGCAAAACCUCUCCACAUGAAGAGCACAGAAAAAAAGAAACAAUUUAGCCUUAUUAGCAGAUCCAGAAACAGGGACAGAGGCUAAUAAGAAACAAGACAAAUUCACAGUUGAGUUCAAGUUCAGCAGCAAUGCGGUGGGCUCAAAUACUUAGCAUGACAGUACAAAAGGAAUGAUUCAAAAUAUAGUAGCACUCUGAAGACGAGUGUCUUGCUAGCGCAGUGAUUCUGUCUCAGUGUUUCUCCCUAUAGUUAAGGCCUUUUUUCUUUUUUAAAUAUAAUAGAUUAUAUUUUUUAUUAUAGUAUAUUUUUGUGUGAAUCAGACAGGUGAUGAGGAAGUGUGCGAUCAGUACGAUUUACCUCUUUACCUCUGUCUGCUGUGUUUUUUGUAAUUCAGCUCCGUGCGUUAUACACUGCCAAGCAACAAGGGAGAGGCUUCUAUCCUUAUUGUAACAAUUUCUUUCACUGGUGCGCUCGCUGGUCUGGUCUUAAACCAUACUUUGACAUACUUUCGGGCAUCUACUCCUGUUUAUACUACCCUAUGUGGCUACUAUAUGAGCAGCAGAGCAGUAUGAUGCACUUGUUUUUAAGACUUUGGAGAACUAAGGCCUUGUACACAUAGAUACGAGAUGACACAACCUUAAAAAUCCACAUGACUGAAAAUGGCAUUUCAGGGUUUUCUAAACCAAUAUUUACAGAGUUUUACUUACAGUUCUGGUAAAUCAAUGCCCUGAAAUUGCUGGAGUUCAGUUAUUUAAUCAAAUUGGUUUCUUUUGAAAAAGAGAAUUUUUGAGUGUGCAGGGCCUGUUGAUGCGCAUUAGGAGGGAACUUUGCGCUUGCUAACUAAUGCCAUUCCUUACAACUUUGAAUUGUAAAAAACUGGCUUUCAGACUGAACAGUAGGCUUCAGUCACUAAGAAGAUAAAAAAGACCAUGACACCACCUUUAAUAUUUUCAAUAAGUGUGUGUAAAGCCUUAGUAACCUUGUCUCUUUCCAAUAUGACUUUUAUCUUACCCACCAGCUGAGUAGACCAACCUGCCCCCCUUUGCUAAACUUACCGACUCUGACUCCUACAGUGUGUAUGUGUGUGUUCCUGUGUGUGUUCAGGUGCAUCAAUGUGUGUGCAUGUGUGUGUUAGAAUAGCUCUGUCUCGGGAAUAUCCCCAGUUUAUCCCGACAGAUUAGGCCGCUUAAACCUCAGAGUGAGGGCACGUUGUUUCCUUGACCACUGAAGUACAUGAGAAGAGAGGCUGCAGAUCUGCCAGCAAGUUCUAUUGAAAAUGACCCAGACCUUAACAAACCCAUCCAGAUUCCCCAACUUUUUUUUUCCUCAAAUGAAACAAAAGUAAAUUUAAAAGAUUACCAAAGACCAGAUUUCUAAGCUUACGCUGCCAAUUGCCAUCAAAAACAAGCGAAGAGAAACAGGUUAUCUAAACAAACUCGACUUAAAAUAGCUUAUCCCGUAUUUAUCCACAAUUACAGAACCUUUUAAUUAUCACACACAUUUUAUAUGGUGUGUCAGAUUGGCUUCUGUGUGUGCCAUUCUAACAUAUGCAAAUUAAACCAAAACAUAAGGACUGCAUGCUUCAAAUCGUAAAUACAGUCUCCCCCAACGUCAUGUGUUUCCAGGUUUGAAGAGCUUCUUUAAUCGGUAAAAAGUUUUUAAACACGUGAUCCUGUAACUAAUAAUAGCACAACUCUUCUUUUUGGUGUUUCCAUAGUGCUGCCAAGUUCUGAAAUUAAAAGACAUAAGAAAUAACUAUAAACAUAAACCAAGAAAAUGCUAUAAAAAAUCAGCAUUGUUUGGUGUUGUAUUACAGGGGUGUUUUGGGGGAAGGGGUAUCUAUAUCCUCAGGUUUAAGGUAUUGGCAGUUUACCAAAAUAUAAAUGAGGAAAAAAUGAACAUUGUCAAAGUGUAAAAUUGGCUUCAGGUAAAAAAACAAAACAAAAAACAUUACAGGGUUACUGAAGUGGUCCUUUAAGCCAUUCACAGUGGACUGAAGUGAAAUAACACUACUGAUUGGGGUAGGACUUCUGUGUUAUGAAUCCAUAAAUCCAACUGUCGUGAGUGCUCAAAUAAUUUGAUCACAGUAGUGAAAAUGAAGUGAGUGCUCUCUCUUUCUGUUGUUUUACUGUCUGUAUGAAAAGAAGUGCAUAUAUUUGAACACCGUGGCACUUUUUUGUUGUGGUUUGUUUAUAUUUAGGUGAGAUGGGAACAUGGUUCAGAGGAGAAUAUUGUCUUAUGUCAACCUGAAGAAUUGUGCAGAGAUCUCAUUUUAAAUCUGCAUUCAGCUUCAUUUGGGGGUGAUAUACAAAGAGCAAGUUGACAACGUGUGAAAAAGUUAACUUGUUAACUUGUGAUUUAGCAGAAAGAAAGAUACUAAAUCAGAUGAAAUCUUUGAUUUAAGCUUCUUUAAUCUGUACAGAGUAGGGAGUUCUCCCUAACGUUUACCGUCACCCCCUAAUGGGCUGAGUGCAGAAAAAGGAGGGAACCUUUUGAGUCUUGAAACAGUAACUGGAUGGCUAUAAAUGUACAAUAUUCUGCUUGAUAUAUGUUUUAUUUUUUAACCAAAUAUUGUCCUUACUUUUACAUCAAUUUAGUAAUAAUUCCAGAUGUCACUGAAUUGUUUGUGUGUAAGCACUGAUGGGAAAAGGUAACGAAAUGGGAAAUUAAUGGGGAAAAAUGAGUAUUUUUACCUUCAAUUGUCCAGAAUGCUUAGAAUGAUUCUACAGUUUACAUCAGAUUGCUGUUUCUAUCUACAAGAUCUAUUUUUUGUUUGAAUCUGUUUAUUUUUGAGGAAAGAUUUUCAUUUAUCUUUGGGACUGGGAUUUCUGGGAUGAAGGCCAACAUUGCCUCUGGUCGUCUGGCCUUCAAGGAGGGACAGGACUGGAGGAUCAUGGGCAAUGUGUUCAUUUUUUUAUUUUAUCUAUUAGUUUUAUUCUGCUUUUAUUUUGAUAGAUUUAUUGUGCUGUCAUUUGGUAUGGGAUUAGAAACUAAACAAGGUUGACUCAACGUAAUGGAGAGGAGACUGAAUGAAAAACUAAAGUACAUAAAUAAUUGUAGUGUAAAUCUAUCAAUGUCUUAUUAUAUUGAUGAACAUCAUGAAAUAUAUGUAUAUUGGAAAAACAGUACCUGUGACAACUUGUACUUUUGUGUGUGCUUCAUGUGCUUUUGUGGGUGUGCAACAAUGGGCAGAUGCAAUUUUGACAGCAACUUUGGGACCUUAUCUGACCUGUGUGAAUAAGUAUAAAUUUAUUAUCAAUACAAAGAUACAGCUCUUUAUUUAAUUUAUCCUAAUGACAUGUAAGUGUGUUUUAAAAAUACAUGGAGACCUGGAGCCAUAAAAGUGCACAUUUCGGCAUUC